UGAUUUCCUCUUGACAAAUCCGUGUUGGCUGUUACUUAUUGUUGGCAAUGGGGAUUGAACUACGGCUCUGACUUUAACAGUAUGAGCGUCUACUGCCAGAACUCAAAGACCCAACUGUGUAGCCUGAAGCCAGUAGCAGACUCUUAAAUCUCGAUAUGGUCUAGUCACUACAGGGACCCAGAGAAGCAGAGGGUAUAUUUGAUAGUUAUAAUAUCUUCAGACCUAUGCACUGACUACAGUUUAUGCUUUAUUGAAAGUGACAGAAUUACACCAAGGGGUUUGCACUCAGCCCUUCUUUGUCUCCUCUUUCAGUGUACACCUCACUUUUCUCACCUGCCGAGGACAGUGCAUCUGGGAUAAAUGGGAGAGAGAAAUCGCACUCUGGUGACUGAGUUCAUCUUGUUGGGAUUCACAGACAACCUGAAGCUGCAGGUCACCCUCUUUGUAGUGUUUCUGUUGAUCUACUUGCUGAUCCUAAUGGGGAACCUCACCUUGGUCACCUUAAUCAGGACUGACUCCCGACUUCACACCCCCAUGUACUUUUUCAUCAGCAACCUGGCCCUCUUAGAUGUCGGCUACUCCACCCUCAUAGUUCCCAGCACGCUGAUGACCUUUGUUGCAAGGAGCAAGGUCAUUUCAGUCACUGGAUGCACUGUGCAGUUUUUCUUCUUCUCCAUCGCCAUCUCUUGUGAAUGCUGGCUGUUGAGUGUGAUGGCGUAUGACCGCUUCACGGCCAUCUGCAGCCCAUUGCUCUACACCAUCAUCAUGUCCAAGCGGUUCUGCGUGCUGCUGGUGCUGGGGUCAUAUUUCAUGAGCUGUCUGAAUUCAAUGGUUCAAACUGCAUUUAUAUUCCAUUUGUCAUUCUGUGAUGCCUAUAUCAAUCAUUUCUUCUGUGAUGUGCCCCCCAUUGUGAAGCUGUCCUGCUCUGACACCCACAUCACAGACAUUGUUCAUUUCACCUGUGCGACGAUGCUAGUAACAACUACCAUCCUGAUUAUCCUCAUCUCCUAUAUAUACAUCAUGGUCACUAUCCUAAGGAUCAACUCUGCUAAGGACCAAUGCAAAGCUUUCUCCACCUGCGUCUCCCACCUGAUGGCCGUCACCAUCUUCUACGGAACGGGCUCUUUCAUGUAUUUACGGCCUAGUUCAAAGUCUUCCAUGGAUCAGGACAAAAUCAUCUCUGUGUUUUAUACCCUUGUGAUCCCCAUGCUGAACCCCCUGAUCUACAGCCUGAGGAAUAAAGAGGUCAAAGAGGCCUUUAGGAGGAUAAGAGAGAGGAAGGUUUUUUCUCUGUAAAUGUAAAAACUGGGUCUGGCUUUAAUUCAAUAGAGGGAAGAAAAGGCGGGGAAUGAUUUCUCUGUAUUGUUAGCUUGAUUUCUGUGAAUAAUCAAUGUGUGCACCUUCCAUGAAAAGGAACAAAGGAAGGUAGAUUUUCCUAGUUCUUACAUCACUAAAUGCAUCAGGAAUAGUUAUCAGAGAAGAAACGGGGGACUUUGUCAAGGUUUGUGCAGCUGGCUCUUAUAACACAGAAAUAUAUUAGGAAAACCUGUCAAACAAACAGACUCAUGAACCAGCAAUGCAAAUUGCCUUUUGCUAACUAAUAGAAAAUAGAUGCAUUCAACUCACAUAGGCAACGUACAUUAAUUAAAUCAUGGAAUUUGUUUGUUGUUGCAGCUAUAAGUGCAAUUAAAAAGGAGAUGUGAUGU